UUCCCGGGGAGGCUGUGAUGGGUUGACAGGUGCGUGACAGUGGGAGCUGCUCUCGGCACAAGCAUGUACGGCAAAGGCAAGAGUAACAGCAGCGCCGUCCCGUCCGACAGCCAGGCCCGGGAGAAGUUAGCACUCUACGUAUAUGAAUAUCUGCUCCAUGUAGGAGCUCAGAAAUCUGCCCAAACAUUUUUAUCAGAGAUAAGAUGGGAAAAAAACAUCACUUUGGGGGAACCACCAGGAUUCUUACAUUCUUGGUGGUGUGUAUUUUGGGAUCUCUACUGUGCAGCUCCAGAAAGACGAGAAACAUGUGAACACUCAAGUGAAGCAAAAGCCUUCCAUGAUUAUAGUGCUGCAGCAGCUCCCAGUCCAGUGCUAGGAAACAUUCCCCCAGGAGAUGGCAUGCCAGUAGGUCCUGUACCACCAGGGUUCUUUCAGCCUUUUAUGUCACCUCGGUACCCUGGAGGUCCAAGGCCCCCAUUGAGGAUACCUAACCAGGCACUUGGAGGUGUCCCAGGAAGUCAGCCAUUACUUCCCAGUGGAAUGGACCCAACUCGGCAACAAGGACAUCCAAAUAUGGGUGGGCCAAUGCAGAGAAUGACUCCUCCAAGGGGAAUGGUGCCCUUAGGACCACAGUCUGACCCUUGGUUAUCAUUACAGAACUAUGGAGGUGCAAUGAGACCCCCACUGAAUGCUUUAGGUGGCCCUGGAAUGCCUGGAAUGAACAUGGGUCCGGGUGGUGGUAGACCUUGGCCAAACCCAACAAAUGCCAAUUCAAUACCGUACUCCUCAGCAUCUCCUGGGAAUUAUGUAGGUCCUCCAGGAGGUGGAGGGCCACCAGGAACACCCAUCAUGCCUAGUCCAGCAGAUUCAACCAACUCUGGAGACAACAUGUAUACUUUAAUGAAUGCAGUACCUCCUGGACCUAACAGACCUAAUUUUCCAAUGGGCCCUGGGUCAGAUGGUCCCAUGGGUGGAUUAGCAGGAAUGGAGUCACAUCACAUGAAUGGCUCUUUAGGCUCAGGAGAUAUGGACAGUAUUUCCAAGAAUUCUCCCAAUAAUAUGAGCCUGAGUAAUCAACCGGGCACUCCAAGGGAUGAUGGCGAAAUGGGGGGAAAUUUCUUAAAUCCUUUUCAGAGUGAGAGUUAUUCCCCCAGCAUGACAAUGAGUGUGUGAUCCAUUACCAAGUCUCUUCAUGAAAACCACAGUGAGUCAGCCCUUCACAGAACUGCGAUGGAAGAAAAUUAUUCAUCACAGUGUACAGUUAAACAAAGGAAUCUCAGUCACAACAAACCAACCUUUUUAUUUCCUGCUCUCUCCCCUAUUUUGUGAAGAAAGCGGGUCCAAAUGUGAUUCAAAUAACUGUACGGAGCAGCAUAUAGAAUUUUCCUAAACUGAACUGCAAAUAAUUAUCUGUGUAUGUAUAUGUGUGGGAAAGAGAAUGUAUUGUAUAUGUGUAUGUUAUACAAGCAUAUACACAUACAUACAUUGACCCACAGGACAUUGUAAAAUAUUAUCACAUGACAUCUUAAGUAGACUUAAGUAGGGACUUCUAUUCCAUCCUUUUUUUCACGUUUACAUUUUAAUUAUUAAAAGUUGCUCCUGCCCCUCCCUGAAAUAUUUUGUGCUGUGUAUAUCACUGCUUUAUAUAAGUUAUUUUUUAAGGUGAACUCAGAUGUUAUGGUUUUGUAAAUGUCUGCAAUCAUGGAUAGGAAUAAAAUUGCUUAUUUGAGAGCUUUCAUUAAAUUGCGUCUGAUGCAAGUUAUCCUGUGAAUCUCAAAGUGUACUGUCUAAAAAAAAAUAGAAGGAAGUGUGUCUUCAUCUUUAUGUUAAAGAAAAGGUUUCUCAGUUACCUUCAGUGAAAAGUAUUUUUGUACUUUUUGUUUAGGAAAAACACUUAAAUCAACAGAAGCUUAACUGGGGCCUGACACAGUAUAUUUCUGCAAUAACUACUUUAAAUGGAGUUCUUCAUUUGUUUGUCUUAGAUGGUACAGAAAAUCAUUAUUUAGCCCCAGUUGCUCAGACCAUAGCAAUAAAGUGACAGGGGUUAUCAUACUUUAAGCAAUGUGUUUUCUCUUUAACAUGGUAAAGCCCAGAGGUGAUAAGAAAAUCAAUUUGUCACUUCUUAACAGGAAUUUUAGGGCUAAAUUUUUAAUAGCAUACUAAUGGGAAAUAGCCUCUGAUUUUUAUUCAGACUUCUUGUGAACAUUUCCAUGUAGACAUUAUGAAGCAGAUACAGUAAAAUGAUUGAAACUUUCAGCACAGGGGGAAAAUCAGUCUUUAAACCACCUGUGGGGCUCUGGAGUACUACUUUUCUAUCCAGGUAUCUUUCUUACUAGCAGCAGAAUUGACUGGUAACAGUCCAUUUUGUGUAUACCUUCUCACUGACAGUAAAGCACCUGCUCUGUUCUGGAAUGUAGGGCUUUUAUUUAGAGACAAAUCAUCUAUGGUAACUUUGCUUCAUCUGGCCAGCAACUUCAGGCCAAAUGCACACUGUGUAACUCACUGUUCAGAAAAGAGUGAGUAAAUGUGUUUUAUGCCCUGUUUUGUUUUGUUUUGAUUUUUUGUUUUUUAAAUUAUCCACUUCCCUUAUGAAAGCAUCUUGUUCUAUGGCACUUUCCUGAUCUCUGUGUGUGUGUGUGUUUGUGUGUGCACAUGCGCGCUUCAUUAUACGUACAAACACCUAAAUCAUAAUAGAAAAGUGUGAAGACUUUAAAUUUAGACUGUAAAAGAUAAUUGAGUGAUUCUUUCUGUUAAAACUAUAAUACAAAUAUCCCUUGAUAAACAUCAACUGUAUAUCCAAACCACAGACACUGUGGAAAGCAUUCUUUAAUCUCAGGUAAGAGGAAUUCUCUGUUCAGAAUUAUGAUCUCUGAAGUGAAGCUUUGGCAUUAUAUUUGGUACUACCUAAUCCCAGAUGACUUAACUUUUCUCAAAUCCAUAAUGAGUUAUUCCUUCUAAAAUAUAAAGAUGUUGCUUUGUGUAUGACAGGGGUGCUGGGCCGAGCUGCUAAGGGGGAAAAAAGAAGCUGAAUUAAAUUUACCUUACAGAUUUAAACUAUAGUAAAAUGAGCCACCAUUACUCACAAUGUGCAGGAGUCUAGGACUACAUAGUGGAGAACUGCCUCCAGCUCUCAGGCUGCAGAGAACUUUGUUAACAAACUCAAACUAAAAGGUCUUUAAUUCAAGCUAAGGUAACCUGAAGAUGAGAAUAAGUACAGACAUUUGAAUUUACCAACAAUAAUUUUAACUUUAAUUUUUUAUGACAAUUGAGCAAAAAUUGAAACACCUUUGAAUUUUAAACUUAAUCUUAUGAUGCUAAAAUUUUCAAACAUUUUGUUGAAUUUUCUCCAUUGUUAUUGAUCUUGAAUUACUUUUAUAUGACUUCUGAAAGGUAUUGUUUCUUACUAUCACGAAGAAUCAUGAACCUGAUUCCAGUUGCCCUUAUUUAGAGGUAAUACUGAAAUAUAAAUGGCAACAUGGGUCCACUUAUUUCUAAGCUAUUUGGUUAAAACAUAAAAAUUGAUUCUUUUCAAGGUAUAACAAUCAACUCAUUAUAAGUAUUUAUUUCUUUUUCUGUCUUGGAACUUAAAUUAAAAAUAUUUCAGGUAUAAAAUUUCCUGAAAUAGUUCUAAAAAAAUUAUUUUCAGGAGAAAAUUGUAUUCAAGAAUACCAGAAAAUAAGGUUACUUAAUUUUAAUAUCCAAAUAAUUUUUUCAUGCAUCAGAAGAAAGAUAGUAUACCUGUAUAUUAAUUUUUAAGUUUUAAAUCAUGUAAACCUUAUCCUUUUCUCUUGUAAGACCAUUUAACCUUUUUAUCUCAUGUUUUCCAACUCCACUCAUGUGUCCAUGUUGGCCUUGAUGUAUACUAGCUAGCUGUUCCUGGGGUUGCUUUUACACAAUUCACCUUACAGUAAUAAUAUCAGAAAACAAAAUACUCUUACAAACUGCAAGACUAUGUAGACAGUAAAAACAUUACUCUGCUUUGCAUUCUCCUUAAUUCACUACAGUUGGAAAAUGCAUGUCAAAUUCUUUCUAAAGUACCUGUGAUUCCUAUCCAACUAACCUACUUGUAGCAAAGUUGACCCUGGGAACAAAGGCUGUGGGGUAAUUCCCAAGACAUUUGAUGGGUGAAUCUCAGCACCCCUUUAAAGUGUUCCCAGUUUGGAUUCAGUUGCUAAUAAAAAGGAAUUUCACUGAUAGAAAUCUGAGAUUCAGAUUUCUCUUUUGCCGAAAAAAACUGAGUCAGUUCUGUUCCCCAAGCAUGGAAAGUGCCCAAAAUGCCCCCCCCCCCCGUCCUAUAAGAAUAAAAUAGAGAAAACUUCCAUUUUCUGUAGUUUAAAAGACAGUACAUGGAAAUAAGUUCAGUUUGAGUGUGAAAAGCCCCACAUCUGUCCACACCUUUCCUUCAUCAUAUCAUUCUGGGACUGUGCAGCAAAGCUUUUGAAACCUCUUCCUCUGCAGGGAAGUUCUCCACAGUCCUUAAUACUGUGAAGUCUUGACUGGCUUCUUCCAUGGCAUUCUCUUUCCCUCUCUCUCAAAUUCGGAAUCCCCUGGUCAAAAUAAGUUACAGACUGAGUAUUUUUACCUUCUCAGAUCUUACAAUUUUCAUCUCAAAAUAAAUAGUUUAUAGUACUAACAGUUUUUCCAGGGGAAAUAAUUAAAAUUUUCAUUUCUUGAUUAUCACUGUUUAAUCAGAAGCAGUGCCACAAAUCAUAGUUCUCCACUUUGGAAUGCAUUAUAAUAUUUUGACACCAGCGUUUCCCUUUUUAAUUUUUUAUGUACUAUAUUUCUCUCUCCAUAAAAACACUAAUUGAUACAAGAAGUAGCCCAUGACUGUAUACUGUGGGAAGGAGAAGUCCAAUAAGGGACAGUAGGAGGGACGGAGUUGCCAUGUAUUUUCCUAAAAAUAGGUUAGUCCUUUUUUUCUCUAUGCUUUCUCUCCUAGUGGAAGAAGAUUCUUAUUUGCCAUGAGAAACAAGAAUCCCUCUUUGCUUAAAUCCCUGAGUCUGUGAACCAUACCUUGAGAAAUACUGGGAAAGUAAAAGAAAGAAUGGUGAACUACUAUUAAUAACAUCUCCAUUUUUGCAUAUGAAACGUGUGUGUGUGUGCAUGGCAUGUGUUGGGGCAGUAGUAUGGAUUUUGCUCACAAAACACUCCCAGUAUGGUUUGCAUUAUUUUAUAGUACAACUGAUAACUAUUAAACAGAAAUAUUUCCUUUGACCACUUGUUAUUUUAAAUGGUGAAAUCAGUCUUAAAAGGGAUUCGAGAUGGAAAGGAAUACAGCCCCUAAGCAGAUGGAUUCUCCUAUACCCAGCUUUUACUUAGCCCUGUUAGCUUGCCCAUACUAUGCUUUCUUGUGAAGGCACUGCAUCUAAAGGUAAGCACAUAAAUCAUCAUUUAAUCCUUUAUCACUUUAAUGACAUUGUCAGGAAUCGUGCAAUAAUUGUAGUUUUUUGAUGGGGACAUUUGUUCACAGGAAGUUGAAUUGGAAUUAUUAAUUUGUUUCACCAGAACUGUCAACUUUACCCAUGAACUGUAAUUCUCAACUGUAAUUGAGAUGACCUACUGAUGAAAAGAACCUAAGACCACUUUGAUUACUUUUCUAAACUAUAUAUAUAUAUUCUAAAGAGAAAUCCUCAGUUGAAUAAAUCUCCCAAGGAGAAUUUCCUCUGUUGGAGCUUCCCCUGUUAAUGUAGUAUAACUGGUUUCCCUGAAUAGAAGAAAAAGAAUUUCUGUGAGUAGUUUAAAUGUGAAUAUUUUUACUAUCUACAUCUUUAAAAAUGAAAUACAGUACUAUAGAGAAAGUGUGUAAAUUUUAAAGUGGGAGUAGGCAUUUUCAUAUAUAAAAUUACAGUUCAUUUCUUCCCCUUUUUGUGGAUUUACUGACUAUUCUCAGGAUAAAUGUUGGACUCAUUUUGAUUAUCCCAGUCACUGAAAUGUUAUGAUCUGUUCCUACAAAUAUUUAGCAUUUCACUUUAAAAUUAAAUGUACCAUUAACAUGACAAAGGUGAGUUUUAAUAUUCUUAGAGAAAUUUGAAAGGAUUUAUUCCCAGUUAAUGUUAAAACUUUAUCCCACUUUCUCUUUUUUCACCAAAUGACCUCAAUACAUUGCCAAGAGAAUGAAAUUUGGAUUCCUCACAAUGUCCUCAGAACACAAUACAGUAUGUUGUCAACUAAAUUUCCAUCAUGUCCUUCUACUAAAAGUGCUCCAUAAAUGCAAUUAUCUAUCUACUUUUUAAAAAACAACAAUUCAAAUAAUCUGUCAAUUUACAUAAUUUGAAAACAAAUCUUUAAAUUUAGCAAAAGAAAUUUUCAUGGUAUGAACUACUGAUUGAAAUCUGUAUGUGGCUCUCUGUCAGAUCUUAUUUCAAAAUGUUAUGCUUUCUUUGUAUUGACAAUUAAAAACUUACACAAACUAUAUGUUUGAAUGAAUAAUUUAAAGGACAUGCUGUUGUUUCAAACAUGAAAAAUGGAAAAACUCUUUACAAAUAGAAUUCUUUACUCAUGAUAGCCAUCAGCUUAUUGAAUUGUUACUUUAUCUAAUUGUGAUUUUAAGAAUUUAAGAUGUUUUCUUAUUACAUGUGUUAAUCUGUUGUAAUGUCUUCCUGCAAAAAAUAGAGUUAUUUGUAAGGUUUUUAUAAAUGCAAAAUUUAUGUAUAAAUAUGAUUGGAAUAUGGCAUAAUUUAAUAAUCUACUAUUCUUAAUUCAACCAUGGCCACCAGCUACCUGACACAUUUUGUAUAUUUAGCAUCUGUGUGUGUGUCUAUCUGACUUGUCUGUUGCACGCACAGUAUUACAUUUUUUCUCAAAUGGAUUUAUCACUUAAUGUUUUUGUACAAGUACUUGAAAUAUUCAUGUAAUGGAAAAAGUUGCCAUAAUAGUGUACAUAAAUGUCCCUUUAUUUGGCACGUGUUUCCACAUUUAAUUAAAAAAAUACUGCAUUUCAUGUAUAAUUUCUACCCUUUUAUUUAUAGCCUCUACUUUAUUAUUUACUGAAAAAGUAAAGGAAAGUGUCCACAGAAGCCAGCAUAAAUGUUUUCUGAAUGACAAAUCAAAAUCUAACUAAUAUAAAUAUCUCUGUAUAUAAUUGCAUUAGAUAGUAUGCCUCAUAAUAUUCAGGAGUCUGUAAUAUCAAAGGAUUGACAUGCAUUUAAGAAAAGGCUCUGAUGAGGGACUGGCUUUCAUGUAGUCAGAUAACAGAGCUUUUUUAUACCAAAAAAUAACUUAUUAACAAUUGUUGCCUGUUAAUGGAUAAAAGUUCAGUAUUUUAUUCCAAAUAGGAUUAUGCAGAAUGUGGAAAUCUGAAGCAAUUAUGAGGAUAAUUCGUGUAAAACUGCUUCUCCUCGAUUAUAUUCAUCUUUCUCCUGAACUGCACAAAUGGUUGUCUCAAUUCACCAUCAAAUUUGCCUAAACAGAGGCUCUGAAGUAGGUUCUGCAUACUACUCUGUGAGUACAUAUAGAAGGACAAAGGUCUAUAAUUGGGGUGAAUUGUUUUUUCAAUAAAUUCUUAAAUACUAGUUCCACACUUUCUUUAUGGUUAUGAACAAAAUCAGAUCUUCUAAUUCAGUGAUGCAGCACAUUUGUACAUAAUGAUUAGAAAGGUGAAUAAUAUAAAUUCCAGCAAGCCAGGCCAGGAUUUAGGUUGAUGGGAGAGGAGAAUAGGUAGCAAGGUAAUUGAAGGAUCCUUGAAUUUAAAACAGAUAGAAAUUUUCUGGAAGUUGAUAUUUAAACUAUCUCUGUGCAAAAAUGGUUAUCUUGGUGGUAGUACUAUGUAGUUGCAGGGGAGGAAUAGUAUAGAGAAAUAAAAAGCAGCAGAAUUAGUUAAUUCCCCCUUAACACCCCCAGUGAAUGAGAUUUUUUUUUAAGUGAAACCAUCCAAAAUGAAUGAAAAGGGGAAUGAGAGUGCUUGCAUAGCUGCCAAGCAAUCUGAGUAACCAAGUGUUUGUUCUUGUAGCUAGUGUAUCCUUAAAAGUGAAGAAUCCCUUUACAUCAAAAGAGGCAUGAAAAUUUAAAAAAAAAAUCCCAGAAAUUUCAUUCCCUACACAAAAUUUUUAUAUGAAAUAUGGUGGAGCUUUUUAGAAAGUUCUAGGCCCAUUAGACAUUGAACAUAGAAAUAUUUAGUUGCCUCAUUCAGUUUACAAAGCUUCCCUCGAAAUAAAUUUUGGUCUUGUUUGGCUGCACCUUCAAUUCUCAAUGUGCUGUGCUCUCAUGUUUUACU